ACCAUUUCCUUCCCAUAAUCCCACGCUCAAGUACUGGCGCCCCAUGUGUGUAAGGCGAAAGGAGGCUAAAGAUUGGAAGCACCUUUACUAGCAAUUUGCCGAUUUACUUUUAAGUUGUGAUAUUAACACAACUUUUUGAAAUAUAUCUGGCAUGGAUUUAGAGGCAUAUUUGGAGCAAACGAUAUCUCCCGACACAGCGGAGCUAGAAGCAGCACAAAGGUUUCUAGAACAGAAAGCCAGUGAAAAUUUUCCGCUUUUCCUCACUCAACUUUCUGAGAUCCUUGCAAAUGCCGAUAAGGCCCAUGUCGCUCGCAUUGCAGCGGGUUUACAGCUGAAGAAUGCACUCGUAUCCAAAGAUCCCAAUGUACGGCUUCAGCUCCAACAAAGAUGGUUAGCGCUCUCAGCAGAAGUCAGGAACAAUAUCAAGAGACAGGUUUUAAUGACAUUGGGUACAGAAUACCAGGGUCCCAGCUCAGCUGCACAAUGUAUAGCAGGAAUAGCAUGUACUGAGCUUCCUGGUAAGUUAUGGCCAGAGCUUUUACCUCAGUUGGUCAGCAAUGUCCUCAACUCUGCUCAAGGCACUGACCAUCUCAAACAGAGUUCCCUAGAGGCCAUCGGAUACAUCUGCCAAGAUAUCGAGCUAAAAUAUGUAGGAGGAAGCUCAAAUGAGAUUCUAACAGCGAUUGUCCAGGGAAUGCGGCAAGAAGAAAUGAAUACGUAUGUUAAACUGGCUGCUACCAAUGCAUUGCUGAAUUCAUUGGAAAUUACAAAGGCCAACUUUGAAAAAAGUUCAGAGAGGCACGUCAUCAUGGAGGUUGUAUGUCAAGCUACACAAAGUACAGAUACACAGGUGAAGGUUGCUGCCCUCCAGUGUCUGGUUAAGAUCAUGUCACUCUAUUACGUCCACAUGGAAGACUACAUGAGAAGCGCCCUCUUUGCUAUCACGAUAGAUGCCAUGAAGAGCGAUAUAGAUGAAGUUCGGCUGCAAGGAAUAGAAUUCUGGUCAAACGUUUGUGAUGAGGAGAUGGACUUGGCAAUAGAGGCCUCAGAGGCAGAGGAGAUGAACAGAGCACCUGAACACACAAGUAAAUUCUAUGCUAAAGGAGCAUUGGAAUACUUGGUUGAGAUCCUUGUCAAUACCUUGACAACACAGUUAGAUGAAAAUGAUGAUGAAGAUGAAUGGAAUCCAUGUAAAGCAGCAGGAGUCUGUUUGAUGCUUCUAGCUAACUGUUGUGAAGAUGAUAUCGUUGCCCAUGCCGUUCCCUUCAUCCAAACUAAUAUCAGAUCAGAAAACUGGCAAUUCAGAGAUGCUGCUGUCAUGGCAUUUGGUUCCAUCCUUGAAGGCCCUAGUGAAUCGAUACUCAACCCCUUGGUAAUGGAAGCCUUCCCUACCCUCAUUGAACUUCUGUCUGAUCCCUGUGUCGUCGUCAGGGAUACCGUUGCUUGGACACUAGGUCGUAUCUGUGAACUCUUACCCCAGGCUGUCCUGGGCCAGCCGCACUUUGAUAGUUUACUAGGAGCUCUCAUUGAAUGCUUAGGAAAUGAACCUAGAGUAGCUGCUAAUGUCUGCUGGGCAUUUUCAAGUCUGGCAGAAAACGCAUAUGAAUCGGCUUCAGCAGAGAGUGACAAAGAGCCCGAGACUUACUGCUUAUCGAAAGCAUUUCAGAUCAUUGUCGCAAAGCUACUAGAAACAGCAGACAGGGUUGACGCCCAUCAAGCCAAUUUGAGGAGCGCAGCUUACGAAGCCUUGAUGGAGAUGGUGAAGAAUUCAGCUACAGAUUGUUAUCGAUUUGUCUUGGAUACCACAAACCUCAUCUUGCGUAGGAUACAUCUCAUUCUACAGAUGGAGUCGCAUGUUGUAACCGCUUCAGAUAGAACACAGUACAAUGAUCUUCAGAGUCUACUUUGUGCUACACUACAGAGUGUUCUUCGGAAAAUGAAACCAGAAGAUGCAAUCAAUAUUUCUGACAAUGUGAUGAAUGCUCUGCUCCAGAUGUUUGAUAAUACAAGUGGCAAGUCAGGAGGAGUUCAAGAGGAUGCUUUACUUGCUGUUGGUACUCUCGUUGAAGUCAUUGGCAUUGACUUUCUGAAGUACAUGGAGCACUUUUCACCAUUCCUAUACCUUGGUUUGAAGAACUAUGAAGAAUACCAGGUGUGUUUGGCUGCUGUGGGAUUAGUAGGUGAUAUCUGUAGAGCACUCAACAAAGAGGUUCAUCCAUACUGCACUCAAAUUAUGACAUUACUUCUUGAGAACAUUCAGAAUGACUAUGUACAUAGAACUGUAAAGCCUCAGAUCCUGUCUGUCUUUGGUGAUAUAGCCCUAGCCAUAGGAAACGAUUUCCUACAUUAUCUUCCAGUGGUACUCGUCACCCUUCAACAGGCAUCUUCUGCUGAAAUAGAAAAGACGGACUUUGACAUGAUUGAUUAUCAGAAUGACCUGAGAGAAGGAUGUCUUGAAGCAUACACUGGAAUCGUACAAGGAUUGAAGCGAGAUGAUAAGUCCACAACAAGCGAUGAAGUCAAGGAAUUAUUCCGUAAUGUUAGUCACAUGGUGAGCUUCAUAGAGCACUUAGGUGAUGAUAGUGACCACACUGACAGCAAUGUAGCUGCUUGUGCUGGUCUCAUUGGGGAUCUAUGUGCUGCCUUUGGGGCUGAAAUGCUUGGUUUCUUUGAGCGGAAAUCCAUCCAAGAUCUGUUAACGGAGGGUCGUAGGUCAAAGGUUAUGAAGACCAAGACACUAGCUACGUGGGCAACCAAAGAAAUCAGGAAGCUAAGACCUUCACUGGAUAACAAAUCUCAGUGAAAAGAAGCUUUUCAGCAAACCCCAAUAAGCUGUUUCCAUGGCAGCCAUGCACUCCAUGACGAAUGGAACCAUGAUGGAUCGACCAAUCACCGAACUACGUCUUCAUUCUUGCAUCUGAUUCCACUUUAAUUCAAGUAAAAACAAUAUCCCAAGCUUCUUUUUGGAAUGUUAGAGGGAUGAAAGGAGAUGAGAGUCUGUUUGAUGUGAAGCAUUUGAAGAGAGGGAGAGAAAGAGUGUGAGGGUGAGUGCAUGUUGGAGAAUAUGUGUCUUUCACCAUUGCAAGACACAACGUGUGUAUGUGUGUGUGAUAGCAUUCAUUGUAAUGUAAUGAUGCAUCUAUAUCAAAUAUAAAUCACAAAUAGACAAACAAGGGAAAAGGAUACCAGUACUCUUCUUGCAGAUUAAUUCUCAGGAUAUUUUUUUUUUGUUCUCUUUAUUUUUUGUUAGUGUAUUUCCAGGUGAUUUAUUUCAGGAAACUUAUUCAGAAUAAUUAAUUCCUAACCUGAUACUUAAUAUUACUAGUCCUUUUAAGUUACCCUUGUUUAUUUCAAAGAUUUGGUAGUUAUUUCCAAAGAUUGUUACAUUUUCUCUUUUUUAUUAUAUAGUACAAAUUCCAUGCCUUCCAGUGAUAUAACAAUGUUCAUUCUUCGUUUGAAUAUGAAUUUGGUGUUUUCGACUUGCAAUAUAUCAGCCAAAAAGAAUUUAGAGUUGUAAACAAAUAUGGUGAAAUUUGAUUUUCCUAUAAAGGUUUAAACUGAUUUAUUUAUAAUUUAUUUGUGAAGUUCUACGUGCUCAUUGAAACCAAUUCAAUCAAUGAAUUGAUAUGUAUAUUGAUUUGUACUUGGUUGAUUUCCAAAGCCUGUAUUGAAAAAAAAUCAACUACAAGAAUACUUCUGUAUGAUUGUUCAUGUCUCUUACU